UUGUUGUCACCAUCAUCUCCAUCUCCAUCGCCAUCGCCUCUCUUCCACCUUCGCCGCGACCACACGCCAUCGCUGCCGCCGCCUCCUCCUCCUCCUCCGAGCCCUAGCCCCGCUUGCAGCCCGAUCCAUGGCCGCCGCCGCCGACAGCCCGGCGCCGAUCUCCGCCGACGACGAGGCGAAGUUCGGCUUCCAGCGGCCGGAGAUGUACAAGGGCAGCCUCGCCAACACCGUCGACCCCCCCUACGGCCGCCACGUCUUCCUCUGCUUCAAGGGCCCCGGGUCGUGGACCCCGAAGGUCGAGGACGCCGACACGGAGAUGCUCCCCAAGCUGCUCGGCGCCGCCCUCAAGGCCCGCAAGAGUGAAAUCCCCGUCAAGACGAGGUUGACCAUGUGUGGAGGAUGCAAUGGGAUCGAGUGUUCGGAUGGGGAUGUGUUGAUCUUCCCUGAGAUGAUCAAAUACAAGGGUCUGACUGAAUCAGGUGUGGAUAGCUUUGUUGAGGAUGUGCUUGUGAAUGGAAAACCUUGGGCUUCUGGUGUGCCAGAGGCAUUGGCUGGUUCCCAUAUAUUUGUCUGCGCUCAUGGCAGUCGAGACCGGAGAUGCGGUGUUUGUGGACCCCCCCUUAUAGAAAAACUAAAUGAGGAGAUUGAGUCGCGUGGACUGAAGGAUCAGGUGUUUGUUAGCCCAUGCUCUCACAUAGGUGGCCACAAAUAUGCUGGGAAUUUGAUAGUCUUCUCUCCAGAUUCUGAGGGAACAAUCACGGGUCAUUGGUAUGGCUAUGUAACCCCUGAUGAUGUGCCUGAAGUUCUCGACGAGCAUAUUGGGCAAGGAAAAGUGAUAGAGAGGCUUUGGAGGGGCCAAAUGGGAGCAUCCGCUGGUGAAGGUCAAAAGGCUGAUGAUCAGAAACUUCCAAACGGAAAAGAUCACAAGAAAAGCAGAAAGCAUGAAGAAAGCAUUGUGCAGGAGAAAAAGGAAGUAGCCUCUGGAUGUUGCCAGGGAGUCAAUGGCUUUUCUUGUUGCAAAGAUGAAAGCGUGGAUCAGAGUAGCGCAAGUGAGGAAAAGGAGCAGAAGGGGAAAUUUUCCUGCUGGGUGGGAAAGUGGGAACAGAGUGAAGUUCUCACCGCUGCAGCUAUCGUAGGAGCUGUGGCGACUGUUGCAGUGGCCUACAGCUUUUAUAGGAGGUCUAGCUAAGUAUGAUAUAUUCAAGUAAUUUGUUAGUAACCAUCGAUGGAUUGGUUCCCCUGCUUUCUCUCAUUUUGAUAGCAUGGUCAAAUAAGUACUUGGAACCAUGUGGUUUGGGAGGAAAGAUAUGUGUACGCCCCCCCAAUUCCUGCGGGUUCUGCUUGUUUACGCAGAAUUAAGCAGAAGAUGAAUGUUUUUGGUUCCUGAUACGAAAGCACAGGUUAAUACUGUUAUUUUGCAUCGCCUUUGGUGUUUCUCCGACUUUGAAGCGAGCUACUUAGUGACGUACCUUAUGGAAUAUUGCUGGUUUUUAGUGA